AACUGCUUCGUCGCGGGUUAAGGGUAGUGAAAUGUGGAAGGUGACUAUACUAACCAAAUGGGGUCAUUUUCGGUACGUGGUGUGGCGGCAUCUGAGUCCACGGACUCGGCGUGAAAUGCCUGCAGACCGCUCGAGUUUAACCAAGUUUUAGCCGAAGUAGGCCUUCGGAGAUCCCCGUGCUCUCCUGAAGUUCUUUCGCUUUCUUGGCGUUUUGUCCGCCUUUACAGACGCUCUCAAGUUGAGCUUUUUUCUGAAACGUAAUUCUUUAUAUCAAAAAUGUUCCACGGCGCUUGUUAUUUUUCUGCCAGAUAUUACGUGAUAAUGUUAUUUUUCCCUUUCACUGAACCAGUUUUCCACGAUAAAAUUCAUAUUUUACUAUUGUAAUGGAGUGUUUUGAAAUCAAAACAAAUAUAUUAAAUAAUACAGCUAUUGACAACUGUUACGCCCCUCUUCCGCUAUUGUAAUAAAAUUUCUCCUGGGAUUUUUGUUAUUCUGUCACGAUGAACAAUUGCAGUUUUGCGGCCAAACUAUUGUAAAAUUAAUUGGGCCGCUGAUGUUUGUUUGGUUGUAGCAUCUUUGGUGGCAGUUAAAGUUGCGUGUUUUGUGCGAUUUACCUGUCCGUUGAAAACUUUGUGUGGGUAUCGUCAGUAGUAGCAUUUGAGAUAUUUCUGUGGGUUGUCAAAGGUAAUAUCUAAAUAGGACGUUUUAAUUGCUGAUAUAUGGCCUGUUGGCAAUGUACAAAAGUAUGUUGUGUUACAUGGAAGAAGGAAGCCAUCACUCUGGUGAUCGUUACAGAAAAUGACCCGAUUGAUCCUGCCAGAAUGCUAGUUGUAGUUAGGAAUAUGGACUUGUAACUUAAAGGCUUUAAUAAAGGUCCUGGUUGGUCUGUGCUCUCACGAUUACGGUGCUUAACCGCAAUUUCUCCAGCCGUGUUAAUCGGUUUACUUGUUAAUGACCAUUAAUCCACUAAAUGUAAAUCUUACAAAAUAUGCUAAUCCAAAACAAGUUUGAUCUAUAGAUUUUUGUAUACAGUUUAGAUUAGCUCAAAGUAGCAUGCAGCUGCCAGAAAGUUUUCCACAAAAUACCGAGGUAUGCUAAUCAAAUAAUAUUUUAGUCUAUCUAACACGUGUGCUAAAUAUCCAUAAAACGCACCCUUAAAUUUUUUUUAUUUCAAUAUCGAAGAUUUUGAAUUAAAAUAUGUAGAGAUAGAGGUGAGGAGGAUGUUACACUGCGCUUGUUACUUUUCUGCCAGAUAUUGCGUGAUAAUGUUAUUUUUCCCUUUCACUGAACCAGUUUUCCACGAUAAGAUUCAUAUUUUACUAUUGUAAUGGAGUGUUUUGACAAGUACAACAAAUAUAUUAAAUAAUACAGCUGCUGACAACUGUUACGCCCCUCUUCUGCUAUUGUAAUAAAAUUUGCAGAAACGGCUGGCUGAACUAAAUCACACUUAUACAAAGCACUUUAUACUGAUUAAAAUAGAGUACAAGCUUCCAUGAAAACCAGAAAUCAUUCUUUAGUGCAUCGUUGGCAAGUUGUUAAAAAAAACAUUUUCUUCAAGCUCAGCAUAUAUAUAAAAUUUGUAGUGGAGUUGGACUGAUGGACAGUGCUAUAUCGUCUAUCAUUGAUGGCCGAGAGGCAUACCAGUGUUGAGCCAGCAAAAAUCUGAAGUACCUUUACAUGACGAGCCUAUCUAUCGCUAUGUUUCACUGUAGGCAUCACCCAACCCUAAUCUGUAGCUGUUGUAACAAGUUCCGACCCAAAACCCAGCUGAAGCAUUAUAAUUUCAUUUUGAACCCAAUCCGUGUUCUAAAAUUUUAAUCAAACACGAAAUGAAAGGGUUACUGACAUAUGUUACUGUGCUUGAUUUUUAAAGUUAAAUCAGCAUGUUACAUGUGCUAAUAACUAUUAAGCUUGUUGUGAAAUCUGCCUUUUUUUAUUUUUCACCCAAAACCUUACGCAAGAAAUGUUAUUCAGGUCUAAAAGAAUGGAGGCAGACUGGUGGCUCUGAGGCUAGGGACCUGUGCUAAGUGGAAGGUUGCUAGUUUGAAUCCUGUGAAAGCCAUGAGUAAUUCUCCUCCGUUGGGCCCAUGAGUAAGGCCCUUAACCUGCAGUUGCUUCUUCCUGGGUAUGAUGUUAAUCUACAUCCAGCCCUGCAAGGAGGUCCUCCAACUUACAGGGAAUAACUUGGGGGUUGGUGGCAGGAUUGGCACUCGAGCCACUGGGAAAAAAAAAAGUCACACUCUUCCAUUCUGAUCAGUGUGGUGCUGAGGUUUCGCCCACUCUCAUCCAUCAGGUGGUUUGUCCUGUGGCACCGUGCUGUAAUCAGCGUGCUGUUCUUCCCUCUAGUAGAUUCUUUGGUGGUGUUACUUUGCCAUACAGAGAACCAACUUUAAUCAGUAACUAUUUGAAAUAGACAUACCCUGACAAUAUAGGUAUAUUUAGCUGUAAGGUAUAACUCUGGUUUGUCUGCAUUUACUUGUUUCUGUAACGUGUAGCUCUUAUGGUUGGUGUAUACUCGAUGCUCACAAUGUGAUUGUGUAUUCAUCAUGGCCACCACAUGUUUUCUGCAUUGAUUCCACACUCGACACUGUCAGAGCCAUGAUUGUGAUGUUGUUGGUGCUCUCAGAAACCAGAAAAAUAUCUGGCCUCAGUCUGGUUUUAUGUUUUCUUCUGCUUCUGAAUUCAGUCUGAGCUGAGAAAGCAGUGGCGUGUGAACAAUGAAGUACAAUGAAGUACAAUGAAAUCCUAACCUGAAAUUCUGGCUUGCCUACUUUCAUAAGCAAGGCUAAUUUUCAACAUAGUUCCAGUAUUUAGAAAUCUUGGUGAUAAAGUUGGCAGAGAGCGUGGGGUUUACGUUUCGUUGGAACAUUUGUAUUGUUAUAGGAAACGAAACUUAAGAAGCUUUUCCAUUUUAAUGACUCCUCCUUUUCAAGAACAUCUAGUAUGUGUUUAACGUUACAGUUUACUACUGCUACUUUUAGAUGAGCAUCUCAUCUUUUAGAUGUACAACAUUUCAUGCCACAGCCUCAUGCAAACAAGUGAGACCGAAAGCAGCCGACCAAGAUGAUUUUCUCGCAUGUCCUGUGGUGGACAUGACCUUCAAUCCAGAUUAAUGUAAGACCCACAUGCAAGAAAGAGCAACAGCACCGCUUGUGUGGCGUAGCAUCAUCUGCAAACUGGCAUAAGGAAAUCUGAGAGGAUGAGUAGAGCCCAAGGAGGGAGAAGGAAAAUUAAAGCUGGAAAAUCAUCGGAUCUUAACUCCUUCCGUGUGGAUGUUGCUGAAGAAAUCAAGGAACUAUUCAAAAAAACCAUGAAAUAUGUUAAACCACAGUCAGGGGACUGGGAUAUUCCAGACCCCAGUGAGUCAUUUACGCCCACCGCCCAGCAACAUAGCUGCUUGCAAGCUCUGAAGAAUUCCUUAAAUGCUGUCAAGAACCAGCUGAGUGACAAAAACUUGGAGGUGUGGCACCAGCACACGUCCUUCACCAAUAGAGCUGGUAAGAUAAUAGCCGAGGUACGUGCCGCUGCUAAUGCAGAAAUCUGCACCCAGGCCUGGUGCAAGUUUUAUGAGAUCCUGAGCAAUUUCCAUCUGAUUCCUGAGAAGGUCCUACAGUGUGGGAAGCUGAAUUCCGUGCACCUCUGUGAAGCUCCAGGCGCUUUCAUUGCCAGUCUUAACCACUACCUCAAAGCCAACUCCUUUUCCGGUGACUGGCAGUGGGUUGCCAACACCCUGAACCCUUAUCACGAAGGCAACUCCACUGGCACCAUGAUUACAGAUGAUCGCUUGAUUAUCAACACACUGCCCUGUUGGUUUUUCGGUAGUGAGAAUACUGGAGAUAUUAUGCUUCAGAAGCAUCUGCUUCAGCUGCAGGAUUUGACCAGGAACAUGUCCACCGUUGAUCUGGUCACGGCAGAUGGAAGCUUUGACUGUCAGGGAAGCCCAGAUGAGCAGGAAGCUCUGGUGACCCCACUGCAUUAUUGUGAGACGGUGGCUGCGCUGCUUCUGCUUGGAGUGGGGGGCUCCUUUGUCCUGAAGAUGUUCACGUUCUAUGAGCACUCCUCUGUCUGCUUGCUCUACCUACUGAAUUGUUGCUUCCGCGAGGUUAAUGUUUUCAAGCCGGCUACCAGCAAGGCCGGUAACUCGGAGGUUUACGUGGUCUGCUUAGACUACUGCAGGAAAGAAGCCGUGAGACCCUUGCUGUCUAAAAUGAUCCGGAAUUUUGGCCCUGAUAUCACCAGCCUCGGAGCCCUCUUCCCCAACAGUCUCAUUCCGGAAUCUUUCCUCACACAGCACAAAGAAAUCUGCCAGUACUUUCAUAAGUAUCAAGUUCAAACGAUUAACGAAAACCUGCAAUUAUUCCAAGCGAUGAGUGCCAAACAGCAACGGAGACUGGAACAAUUGAGAAACUGCGCGGUGAAGUUUUACCUCAGACAGUUUCGAGUGCAGUACCUCCAGCGAAGUAAGUGGAUCUCCAAAAAUGUAAUCCCAGGCUGCGCUGUGAACUGCAAACUUUGGGGUCGUAGAAAGCAGUCAGCGUCCUUUAAUGAAAGGAAAGAACAGCAGUCCAUGACUUGGAGGGAGAAGGUUUUAAAGGGCUGUUACAGGGAUGAGGCUGAAGAACAUGCCCUGCAGGGAAUGGGAACAGACUGCGUGCUUGAAGGACCAGCAGAAGACACUAAUUGGGACAUCUUGCUUGGUCCAGAGUUGACUACAAUCAGGAGCACUCCCUUUUGUGACUUGGCACUGCUGAGCCAUUUAAACGAAGCUCUGGAGCAGUCAGAGUUGGGAAAGUGUGGAUCUGCAGGACCGCUUGUACAUCCUUGCAGCUGUUGCACGGUUCUAAUGCCUCCCUCCAUCCUUUCUGAGGUGCUGAAAUGCAAUCAACUGGACAAUAGUGUGUGUGGGCAGGGGUGUCAGUGUGUGGUCGUGGGGAGCUCAUCCUUGCUUAGCCAUUUACCAGAGAUGGACAAGGCAUUACUGAAGCUCACUCUAGAGCCCCCUUGUCGUACAUCGCAUCGGAGAACGCUCCAUGAUGGCGAGCCACGAUAUCAGCAUGCGUUUCUCACCAGCAUUUUGCAUGCGCUCCAAAGUCUUCAAGUGGGGGCAUCCUUGGUGGUACCUAUGCUCUCUGCCUUCACACGGGUCACAGCAGGGCUGGUUCUUGCCUUGCACCAGUGCUUUCGCUCUGUCACGUUCAGGUGCCCCAUAUCCUCUGAUGCCUUGGGCCCUGUUGCCAUGCUGCUGUGCAUUGACUAUCAACAACAGCCCAACAGUAAACUACUGACCUUCCUGGAAGACAUGCAGUGCCAAAUGUCCACUUUGCUAGAGCCUGACAGCCAGGCAUCCCAGAUCCUGCAGAUUGUGUCAAUGGAGGUCCUCUUAAAGGGGGCGCUGCCGGAGUUUCUGUGGAACAUGAACAUGACCAUUGCAAGGUAUAAGCUGCACCUGCUGAUGGAAGCCGAGCAGAGCUUGCAGAUGCAAAGAGCCAGAUCCAAUGAGUUAUGUUAACUAAUGUCGGCACCUGAAAUUUUGUACUGGCGCUCAGUCAGGAUUAAUCAUGUUUAGCGUGGAAUUUUGCCUGUUAUGUGGAAAAUAGAAAUAUAUUUUGAAUUUUGAGUCCUUUAUAUACGUUACUGAAGGAAGUUUGUGUUCUUUGUAAAAUUGACAGAGUACAGUUUUUUAAAAAGUCUUAUUUUGUAUGGUGCAUUUUUAUUUGAGACUUUUCAGUUCUCACUGAUGUUUCCUAUGUUAUGCAAUAUGUUUUCCAAACACAUGCUGGAAUGCCAUACCAUACUACUGAAUACAGAUGAAACGUGACUAUUGUUACAGUUUAUUGGGGAGGGUGUUCUUUCUUUUGUGAGGUAAAUACCAAAAAAUGACUAAGUGGCUCAAAAGUCAAAUGCCAUCGUUUGAAAACAGUGGAUCCCUCCCUCUCUGUCUGUGUUCUUUGGUCAAAUUCAUAUAUAUGCAUUUACAAUUUUUUUUUUAAAUAUAUUUUAACAAAUCCAAUUUUGUCUUUGAAAGGAUCUUGUUUUUUCAUUUGAAAUCUAGAUUUAUUUCCUUGCCUAUUUUAUGCAGCAGUCUAAGAUGGAAUUAGUUUAAGGUUUUUUUUUUUUAUGAUGUGAAGGUUUUAUUUUAUGAAAAAAAUGUCUAAUAUACAAACACUGUGUGUGUGUGUGUGUGUGUGUGUGUGUGUGUGUGUGUGUGUGUGUGUGUGUGUGUGUGUGUAUAUAAAAUGUUCUAGUUUAAGUAAAUGAAUGUUUAACUGGCAGGGGAAAGCAAGCUAUUCUCUCUGACAUUUAAAGUACGUAAUUUCAGUUAUUGGCAGGUAGUGAGCUCUUGCUUCAGAAUCUUUCACUUUUUUGUUUCCUGCCUGUUGGUUCAACGAUUAAGGAUUUGAUAGAAACUAAGAAAUGCAAGCAUUUUGAUGAACAAGUACGUGUAUUGGCAAGGUGGACUGCAUCAUCAAGUGCAGCGUGGAAUUGGUUUUGACAGCUGGUUCAGAGAAAGGUCUCGAACAUUCCACUGCUGUAGAGGCAUACAGUAUGGGAUCAGUCUUAUUAAACUUGUUAAGUAAUACAUGCAUAAACAGUUUCAUUGUGUUCAGGAAAAAUCUAGAAGGUAUGGGUACAUUUUGGUUGAUUGUAUAUAUUAAAGUUGAAUCUUUAAAGCUUUUUUGUUUGCCAUUUGCAAAUAAAAUAUGCAAGUAAAACUU